GCCUCCCUACAGUCAGGAGCGCCCAACUUUCCUGAGGAGCACACGCUGCGUGCCUGGACCUCGCUGCGCCACAGGGACCUUGUUUCCAACUGCUUUUUCCCACGAGAUGUUGACUGUGGUCGUGCGACGACAAUAUCUCCUCGCCUCGCGGUCUCGCACAAGAUUGAACUAGAGAAACAUUAUCUCUCUUAUUUUUUUAUUUCUUUUCUUUUUUUUCCCUUUUUUUUUUUUUUUUUUUUUUUUUUUUUUUUUUAACUGUGCGCUGACAACUCCGGGGCCAAUAACCACGCAGUGCGCACAGGUACAGACUGCCCUCCUGAACAGGGACUGUCCAGAAGCAGCACCGGGAGUUUCGAUUGUUAUUAUUGAUUUCAACUUGGAGACGAAAGUGACCGAUCUGUUGGAAUUGGUUUGUUCAAUGACGUGCACGGUUGGAUCUGAAGUUAUAUUCGGAAAGCUGUAACAAUAAGAGAUUUUUUUAAAACCACAAACUCUUGCUACUGGAGGUUGGUCGACCAUGCAGCUGGACGGUCUGUGGACAGUCCACGCCCUCCUGGCACUGUCCAGCUUCGCUCUCGGGAACCCAGUGAUCAAUGACCCAUUGGCUGCACCCCGCGUCUUCAUCUCCUUCAAAGAGCUGAGAUCCACCGGUACUGCUCAUCACUUCGCCUACCUCCUCAACACAUCUGACUACCGGAUCCUGCGUAUGGAUGAGGACCAUGACCGCAUGUAUGUUGGCAGCAAGGACCACAUCCUGUCCCUGGACCUCCAUGAUAUCAACAAGGACCCACAUAUCAUCCACUGGCCAGUGUCCGAACGAAGAAGGAUGGAGUGCCUUGUGAGUGGGAAGGACGCCAAUGAGGAGUGUGCAAACUUCAUCCGACUGAUCGAGCCAUGGAACCGGACUCAGCUGUACAUCUGUGGGACAGGAGCUUACAAUCCAGUCUGUACCUUUGUCAACCGCGGACGCAAACCUCAGACGUCCAUGUAUCUGCAGAUGGCCCAGGCCAGAGGAAGGGCUAGCCGCGCAGCUGAACCCAGCGCGGUGCACGAGACACUUGGACUAAAGGAAGAAAUCUUCCAUUUGGAGCCGGGCAAAGUGGAAUCUGGGAAGGGAAAGUGCUCCUACGACCCGAAGCUCAACAGCGUGUCAGCUUUGAUCAAUGGUGAACUGUAUGCUGGGGUCUAUGUUGACUUUAUGGGAACAGACUCUGCCAUUUUCCGUACUUUGGGGACAAAGACCGCCAUGCGAACAGAUCAGUACAACUCCAGAUGGUUAAACGACCCCACUUUUAUCCACGUACACCUCAUCCCCGACAGCGCGGAGAGAAAUGACGACAAGCUGUAUUUCUUCUUCCGGGAGAAGUCCUCUGAGAUGGGCCAGAGUCCUGUGACCCAGUCCCGUAUAGGACGCAUCUGCCUGAAUGAUGAUGGAGGCCACUGCUGUCUGGUCAACAAGUGGAGCACCUUCCUGAAGGCCAGGCUCAUCUGCUCGGUGCCAGGGGCCGACGGCAUGGAGACGCACUUUGAUGAGCUUCGAGAUGUUUAUAUACAGCCAACACAGGAUACAAAAAAUCCUGUGAUAUAUGGAGUGUUCUCUGUCUCUGGCUCAGUCUUCAAAGGCUCAGCAGUUUGUGUCUACUCCAUGGCAGACAUCCGCAUGGUCUUCAACGGACCCUUCGCCCACAAGGAGGGUCCCAAUUACCAGUGGGUGGCCUACACUGGGAAGAUCCCCUACCCUCGACCCGGCACGUGCCCUGGAGGUACGUUCACCCCCAACAUGAAGUCCACUAAGGACUAUCCAGAUGAAGUGAUUAACUUUAUGAGGAAUCACCCUGCUAUGUACAACGCCGUGUACCCAGUACACAAGCGCCCCCUGGUGGUUCGGACCAAUGUGGACUAUGAGUUCACCACCAUCACCGUGGACCAGGUGACAGCUGCAGAUGGCAACUAUGAAGUGCUCUUCUUAGGAACUGACAAGGGAACGGUUCAGAAAGUCAUCGUUCUGCCCAGAGAUGACCUACAGACUGAGGAGCUGGUCCUGGAGGAAGUAGAGGUUUUCAAGGUCCCUACUCCGAUUACAACAAUGAAGAUCUCAUCCAAAAGACAACAGCUGUAUGUGUCGUCUGUAGUAGGGCUGACCCAGUUGGCUCUUCACCGGUGUGAUGUGUACGGCGAGGCCUGUGCUGACUGCUGUUUGGCCAGAGACCCUUACUGUGCCUGGGAUGGCAAGUCCUGCUCCCGUUACUCUGCCUCGCAGAAGAGGUCUGACCCCUUUAGACGUAGCCGGAGACAGGACGUCAAGUACGGGAACCCCAUCCGCCAAUGCCGAGGCUUCAACUCUAACGCAAAUAAGAACACUCUGGAGAUGGUGCAGUACGGUGUGGAGGGAAGCAGUACCUUCCUGGAGUGUCAGGCCCGCUCUCCACAUGCUGUCAUCAAAUGGCAUCUGCAGAGAGAUAACAGCGACCGCAGGAAAGAGAUGCGUUCUGAUGGUCGGGUUUUGAAGACAGAGCAAGGUCUACUCCUGCGGUCUCUGCAGCCCUCUGACUCUGGCAUGUACCAAUGUACGGCCACAGAGAAGAACUUCAAACACUCGUUGGUCAAGCUGCAGUUGGUGGUGCUGUCGAGCCGGGCCGUCAACAACGUGCUGGUGGAGGGUGGAGGAGGGCUGGUGCCGUCCACUCUCCACUCCAGCAGCACCCAGUGGACCCCCAGUGCAGGCCAGUACAGGGACCUGCUGACCAUCCUGAGCCAGCCAGAGAUGACCCUGAUCAAUCAGUACUGCCAGGACUACUGGCAGUUCGGAGACCCGCUGCUGGGCGCCCUCAAGGCCAAAGACCUGAAGGAGUUCAAGGAGCAGAAGAAGCCCCGCAACCGCCGGCAUCAUGGGGAGGGGGAGGAGAAAGAGGAGCACGAGGAGGCAGAGACAUGAGGAGCCCAGCUUUGUGUCUGAAACACCCUCAACCACCCUUCCCCCCACCCUGUGAAAACUGGGAGAGACUCAUUGAGAGUAGCAACAUGAAAAAAUCCACAAACCGAAAAAAAAGCAAACUGAGAAAAAAGAGGCUUGCAAACAAAACCCCACAUACAUCCUCUCAAACAGUAAGAUAUAUGAUACACAGUAUUUAUUGUAGGUUGUAUAUAGUAUCAUUCUGUGGAUUUCUUUGUACUUAUAGAAAAAAACAUGCUCUUUGUGUAUAGGUACCUUUGGGGCAAAUAUUAUUGUUAUUAUUGAUGUUGUUAAUUUUAUUGUUGCUGUUACUGUCAUUACAAAACUCAUCUGUCAGCAUCAUAUGACCUUGGCGACUGUUUGGAAUGUGUUAUCAAGCAUGUAAGCUGUUAGGAGCGAGCUACGAGAAGCUCUCUAUAACGGGGACAUGAGUUGUUGAUAAGGGGUGAUGGGAUGUCUGUUGUUUCUUGCUUGCUUUGACUCAAUGCCAGGACUCUUUUAUUUCUGGACACUCCAGGAACGCCUGUGAUGCAACCUCCUCGUGGCUACAUGCAGACAGAGACGUAAUAUUGCAAGGGGACCAUCGACACAUGGUCCCAGUUAUUGUGGGGAAACAAUACUUUCUACAUGGGAACCCAGAUGUACAGAUGACUGUUAAAAUAUUCUCACUGGUGUAAUUGGGCAUUUUAAUAGGAAACUGGUCCUUGUCCUUUGUUUUUUUAUCUUCUAAUUCCUUCUUGAUGGGAGGUUUAAUUGUAAAAUUAUGCAGCAUCUUUGCUACUUUUCAGCCCAGAUACUAAAUAUGAUUAUUUAAAUCUCAAUCUUACUCUACUUUGAGUAACCUGCAGCUUCUUCUGGCCAUGAACUUAAGUUUGAAAAGGAUACAUAGAUGAAAGCGAAACAAGCGUCAUAUAAGUUUUUAUGAAAUCUAUUAGGAAAUAUAAUGGUUGGGUUCUUUUCAAAUGCAAACAUCCUUUGAACUGAGAUUGAGGUGCAAUAAAGGGCAUUAUUUUUUUACUUUCAAGGGACAUUGGCUGGGGCCAAAUGCAACAAGCACACUCGGGCAAGUUAUAGUUGACUUCUGUAAAAAAACAAAUUCAAUUUAAGAUGAAAGAGGUGCCCAGAUCAGGCAGCAGUUGUUAGCUCUGAGCAUACAAGACAUCUUUUGUUCUUUCUUCCUUUGACAUUCAUAUGUGGAAAAAAAAAUUGCCUAUAUACACAACAGAGCAUUGUAACAAUGUUGUGACACUAACCAAAAUAUUGGGAAGCUGGCUUUCAUUGUGUGCAUGAACCUGUAUUUGUACUGUAAUUCAGAUAAGAUACUGUGUGGUUGUUUUGUUUUUUUCAGUUUUUCAUCUCUAGGGGUGUACAGUAUGGUCUCUGAGGGACAUCCGUACAGGAAAAUGUAGAAAACAAAUGCUUUAAAGAUGCCCUCAUUUCAAAUAUACUCUGUAUAGAGCAUGAUGCAUCUUUUCAUUGGCAAAAAUAUAGAAUUUGUCAAAGCAUUAAGUGAAAUUAUCUCUCGUGUUUGUUUUUGGAUAGCACAUAAUAUGGCUAAGUAUCAUUUAAAAAUCAUUCAAUGGCAUAUUAAUUAUGUCUACAAAGGCAGUUUGAAUUUGAUGAGAGGGCUGUUAUUAAAGGAUGAGUGACAAUUCUAUUGAUUAGAAUUUUUAUGCUCACCCUCUAGUACACCAUGCAUUUCUCCAGGAAGUGAUAUUAAUGACAUUUUCAUGUAUAAGAAUAUAUGAUUGGAUAAAUAAAACCAUCUAGAACAGGUGCAAAUUCAUUUUCAUAUCAUUCUGACAUUUCAAGGCUUUUAAUAGACCUUGUCUAGCUUGUAUUCAGGCUAUAUAAAAGUCAUCUUGAAUGCCUCUGAGAAGAUGCAUCCAUAAUUCAUACAGCGGUAUCUGUAUCUGCUCCUCAAUUUGGGAUCUGUCUGCAUUCCCAGAAUCGACCCCAACUCCUGAUUGUCUCCUCCAGAUGAGACCAGGGGUUAUCCAGCAAAAAAAUGCAAAGAAAGGUUGUACAAUUUGUUGGUAUUUUUAAAAAUGUGUCUGUAGUUUUUGAGUGUUUUUGUUUGUUUUGUAUUUUUGCAUCAUCAGACUUUAUGGAAAAAAGAAAAUAACUAAAUGCACAGAGGUGAUGUUAUUGUAAUGACUUGUGUAAAUUACUCUAUCUUCCCUUUCCAUUGUUGUUGCUGACUAAUAAAUUAAAGCUCUAUAUUUUAUAAGAAUGGAAUGCUCCCCCCCUUCAUUGUGAUUGGCUUGAUACUGGAUGUUUUCCAUGUUCUGCACAGAACCCUCUGGAUCCUUGGAAUAAAGUUGUACCUGUUAAAGAGA